GGUGGAUAUAUUUCUCAUAGGUCUAUUGCACAAUAAGAGAAGUUUCUCGGCAUAGCGUCGUUAUCACUUUGCAGCUGCUGGUCCGGGUUUUUUCGCAGCCCCUCAUCGCGCAUUGAAUGCGAGCGGGCCAAUUUCAUACCGGGAGCAACAAUACAAUAGGAUUCCGACAUGUUUACUCUUCAACAUUCGUGGUAUAAGUAUUCGAGUCAAUCCCACAAGUGUCUUCUCUUCAUAAAACCCAAAAAGUUUGGAUUAUUCGUCUCAUCCUCUAAUUUCUUCAAGUCUCCCUUAUAAAGUCUUGUCUUGUCAUUCAACCCCUACUCCAACUUACACCAACUUCAGCAAUGGUUCAAAAGACAGUUCUAAUCACUGGGUCAAGUGAAGGUGGUAUCGGAGAUGCUCUAGCUAAAGAGUUUCACAAGAAAGGUCUUCGAGUCUUCGCAACUGCUCGAAACCUCACCAAAGUCCAGCACCUGAAAAACAUGGGUCUAGAAGUCCUCAAGCUAGAUGUCGUCGAUGAUGCCUCAAUCAAAGAAGCUGUGGAAGAAGUGAAGACAAGGACAGGUGGGAAACUAGACUUCUUGGUUAAUAACUCCGGUAGAGGAUACAGUCUUCCAUUGCUUGACACCACUAGGGAAGGGGCUAGAGAUCUAUUCGAUCUCAACGUCUUCGCUCUGAUUGCAGUGACCCAAGCAUUCGCACCACUUCUCAUCGCAUCCAAGGGCACAAUCAUCAACAUCGGUUCAAUUGCUGGUGUAUCACCUAUGCCGUGGCAAGGAUACUACAAUGCCACCAAAGCAGCUGUUGCAGCUCUCUCCAAUAAUCUUCGGAUUGAGUUGUCUCCUUUUGGAGUCAAGGUUAUCAAUGUCAUUACGGGAGGGGUCAAAACCAAGUUCUUCGACAACUUGCCAACUCAACAUCUACCAUCAAACUCCAUCUAUGCACCAGCAAGUGAAGAAAUUGAAUUCGUACUGAACGGCUCAUUUGUCAAGUCUGCUAUGGAUGUUGAUCGUUAUGCUAAGUCGGUUGUUGCAAAUGCUUUGAAGUCAAAACCCAAAGUGCACCAUUGGGAGGGAAGUGAUGCAUGGACUAUUUGGGCUGUGAGUGCUUUUGGUUGGUCAACAAUUUGGGUAAGUCGCUUGAAUUGCAGGGUCUGCUCUAUUGCUGAUUUGUAUAGGACUUGAUACUUGGAAAUCUUGUCAAGAUUCCUCUUGUCACAAAGAAGAUCCAGGCUGCAGAGAAGUCAAAGUGAUGAGAUGUUAACAAGAGCGGAUUCCUUUUGUCAAAUUAUUUCCCGACUUUUGAUUUAAUCUGGGCAUUAUAAUGUACAAAUUGAGCUAGUAUAUUUCAUUGCAAUUCAUUCAGG